CAACUGUAGCAAAAGUUGCUGGCAGUUCAAAGACAAUGAAAGGGGGAGAGACGGAGAAUUAAGCGAGUGGGUGGGUUUGUGGGGGCGGAGAUUGAAUUUGGAGUUGGGGAUUAGUUAAAGACUUCUGCUUUUGGGGUUGAAAAUGGGUCCGUUUUGCAAUAAAUGCCGUUGUUUCUGCUUCCAUUUCCUGUCCCAAAAACAACAAAACAAAAACUAACCCAGUACUUCGUUCUUUGCCUUUUUUUUUUUUGUGUUUGAAUUUCGGCCCUAUAAAUAAAAUUUUAUUAUUACUGUAUUACACUUACCAACCAACCAUGGAGUCGUGAAAUAACCAACAAACCAAGUGACUUACUUAGUCUGUUACUCUUGAAUGUAUUGUUUAUAUGCAGAUGUCCUAUCUCUGUCGCUAUAAAGAACCCUGCCCACUCCCUCUUUAUUACUUCUUUAUUUCCAUUUCCCUUCCAUUAUUAUUUUUGCCUGUUCAUUUAAACAAAGCCUACCCAACAUUUCUUUUUUCUUUUUUUUUUUUCUUGUUGGUUUUCUUAUUUAUUACUCUCUUCAUCUUCAAAAUACUCGUUUCUUUUUCUCACUUUCUCUUUUUGCAAAACCAAAAAAUAUCUUACCUUGUUUUUGGAAGGAGGCAGUGUGUGUUGUAAAAAAUCCUCAAAUUUGGGGAAAGAAACAAAAAUAGAAUGGCAGAAGAAGAGGAAAUGAGUGUGGGUGAGGUGACUGGUCCAUUUCGUCAGGUUCUUUUUGUCUCUGCUGGUGCAAGCCAUUCUGUUGCUCUCCUCUCUGGAAAUAUUGUUUGCUCCUGGGGUCGAGGAGAGGAUGGGCAGUUAGGCCAUGGGGAUGCAGAGGAUCGACUUUCUCCUACACAAUUAAGUGCUUUAGAUGGACGUGACAUAAUAUCUGUUACUUGUGGAGCUGAUCAUACAACUGCAUAUUCAUUGUCACUUGCGGAAGUUUAUAGUUGGGGAUGGGGUGACUUUGGAAGACUUGGUCAUGGAAAUUCUAGUGACUUGUUCACUCCUCAACCAAUAAAAACAUUACAUGGUCUGAGGAUAAAACAAAUUGCUUGUGGAGACAGCCAUUGUUUAGCUGUGACGAUGGAAGGGGAGGUGCAGAGUUGGGGAAGAAAUCAAAAUGGUCAACUUGGUCUUGGAACCAUUGAAGACUCUCUUGUUCCUCAAAAGAUUCAAGCCUUUCAGGGUAUUUCUAUCAAAAUGGUUGCUGCUGGUGCUGAGCAUACUGUGGCUGUUUCUGAAGAGGGUGCCCUCUAUGGAUGGGGCUGGGGACGAUAUGGAAACUUGGGCUUAGGUGACAGAAAUGAUCGUUUAGUUCCUGAGCUGGUUUCUACUCUCAAUUUGCAGGGAGAGAAGAUGAAUAUGGUGGCUUGUGGAUGGAGGCAUACCAUAUCAGUCUCCGUUACUGGCGGAUUAUACACUUAUGGAUGGAGUAAGUAUGGUCAACUGGGACAUGGGGACUUUGAGGAUCAUCUUGUUCCUCAUAAGGUUGAAGCUUUAGCUGACAGUUUUAUUAAGCAGAUAUCGGGUGGAUGGAGACAUACAAUGGCAAUCACUUCCAAUGGAAAACUCUAUGGUUGGGGAUGGAACAAGUUUGGACAGGUCGGGGUUGGUGAUAAUGCUGAUCAUUGCUCUCCAGUGCAAGUUAAAUUUCCUCAUGAGCAGAAAGUAGUCCAGGUUUCAUGUGGUUGGAGGCACACGCUUGCUAUUACUGAAGAGCAAAAUGUCUUCUCCUGGGGAAGGGGUACAAAUGGACAGCUGGGGCAUGGUGAAUCAAUGGACCGGAAUGAAGCAAAGAUAAUAGAGGCUUUGAGUAUUGAUGGUUCCAGUGGACAACAGAUAGAAGCUUCAAAGCUUGACCCAUUGUUAGGUAAAUCCUGGGUUUCUCCAACGGAGAGAUAUGCAGUUGUCCCAGAUGAAAGUGGAAAAACAGUUCGUUCAGAAAAGGGGAAUGGCGGUGAUGUGAAUGUCCCUGGGAAUGAUGUGAAGCGUAUACGAAUGUGAUUCCCUGAACCCAAAUGAGCUGUUUUUAGAAAUUCUAAAUUUGCAGCUUCAGCACUGAAUGAAGUGGGACAUGCCGAUCCUCACAUAAUCUUUAGCCUUUCAUUGUAGUUCAAAGCUACAUCUUGAAAAACAGUGUGAUCUCCAUCUAUUUGUAGGUCAGUAUGAUUGUGCUCUACUAUGAUCUAAUUGGAUAAGGAGUGAUGGAGGCAGUGUCACUCUUUAUAACAUUGUUUUCUUCAGUACUAAAAGACUUUUAAUAGUAUUUAUGGGCUUGGUUUUCUGUUUUGGAGUCCUGUGAAUAUGAAUUGUAGAUCGGGAAAAAGUGGUAGGAAAGACAUGUAAGAUGUAAAAGAUAUCAUAUGGAUGUUUAUGGAAUAACCAUGGUGUUUAUGGAAUUACCAUGGUGAAAAACUGUUCCUAUAUUCGCUGGAAUGGAUAGUCUCUCUUCACUUUAAAGUACAUAAAGUGAAAAUUGUUUCAAUGUUAGAUAAGAUUUUAUUAUUUUCUAAAGAAAAAUGAUCUUUCUUUCAACGCCGAAUGCAAAGGUAAAAGUUUGUUGAUUCAAGUUAAGUUUGGUUUCUACCAAAAACAAAAAGUUAAAAGUUUAUCCCUCUUAGAAAAAUGUAACAA